AUGUGCAAAGCUGCCAUCACUGGUUCUACAGGUUGGGAAGACAAGGAGACAAAGGUCUUGAAGACAUUUCAGGCCUGGGACACAGAUGGGAACGGCUACAUUUCAAAGGAAGAGAUGACACGUGUUCUGUCUGAGCUAUGUUCAGCAUCUUCCGGGGAAGUUGAGGAAAUGUUGGCGAACGCUGACAUCGACCAAGAUGGAAAGAUUGACUAUGAGGAGUUGGUCCAUUGGAUUUGCAGAGCUCCAUACUUGGAGAAAUACUUCCAAGCCUCGCAUGACGUCUUCUUUUUCAACAUCCGGAAUAUGGACUCAGACUUGGAAGGUUUGGAAGAGGUGAGAGAUUUGAUUGAAGGAUCACUCCAUGAUCCCAAAGAGCGAUUGAAAAACAUCGUGGCAUAUUUUUCGGUUUUUCAACCACCAGGAAAGGUGAUGGAAGUUUUUUCGGCAUGUGCCCAGAAGGCACAGGGCCGAAUUGAUGCGCAGCUGACCCCUUUGAUCAAGUUGACUUUCGCCUACCAUGAUAAAGAUGACAGCGGUACGCUGAGCUAUGACGAGAGCAUCAUCUUCUUUGCCAACUUUGCUGCACUCUGUGAUCCAUACAUGGACUGCAUUUCACUCAUGGGCGCGGGUGCCAGCCCUACCCUGGAGUGGGGUGAGGAUGGGAUCCCCAAACCCAAUGGGAAAAUAAAAGUUAACAAACUUCAACAUUUCAGGGUCCUAACUGGCCAAGCGAGGCUAUGGGAAGAAUUCAAACGCAAAUAUUCCAGGUUGAAAGGUCAGCAGUUGAAGAACAUCGACCAACAUCACCAAAGCGCCUUCGAGUUGCUGAGCAAUGGCACGGGGAAAAUCCAAGAGGCCGACUUGAUCGAAGCCUUGCUUCCCGGGCACAAAAAGAACCGACAGUUCAUGGAAGCCUUGGGUUUGGCGGUCAUACUGGAUGCCAAAAUGGACAAGGGUAUGACUGACGAGGAGGCUGGUGGAAAGAUUGAUGCAAUAGAAGCUGAACUCAAAGAAAUGCAGGCUGGGAUGGAUGCAAUGGAGACGAAACUGAACGCCGAAAUGGGGGACUGCCCCCAGCAAUAA